AAGAUAAUAAUUUUUAUUAAUUGAUUGUUUUGAUAAAGAGCCACGUUCCACAGUAUAUGUAGGCGAUUUAUUUAGUUUUACCUAAGUAGUGUACAUGUAAAUACAUAGAAAUGUAUUUACUGGCACUACUCACCCUUAUCGGGUCGGCUUUCGCCGGACCCCUCACAGCCCCAGUAGUGGACAACAGAAACUUAGCGGCCACCUACGUCUUACCUUCUGACACCGUCCCAACCUUCUACGACGUCCGCCUCUUCCUCAACCCUGACAAUGAGGAGAACUUCAGAGGAAUCGUCUCCAUCCGUAUCCUGCCUAAAACAACCACCAAUCAAAUUGUUCUUCAUGCCAUGGCUAUGAAUGUAAACGCCGAUACCAUUCGAGUUUACAGUGACAGGGUUCCAAAUAUCAAUAUAUACGCUUCCUCCACAUUGGCCACUGAUGACACUCAUUUAUUGAGGAUUAAUUUAAACCAAACUAUGACAAUCCUCCAACCGCACACUAUAGAGAUUGAAUACGUUGGCCAUUACGCUGAAAAUAUGUUCGGUAUUUACUUAUCGAAAUAUGAAAACAACGGUCAAGAGCAGAGACUGAUCACAUCACAACUGCAGCCUACGUUCGCUCGUCGCGCGUUCCCCUGCUAUGAUGAACCGGCUCUCAAGGCCGUCUUCAGAACUACCAUAUAUGCCCCAGCAUCUUAUACCGUCGUCAGAAGUAACAUGCCUUUGAGGACUGAUCUGCUCAAAGAAGACGUAGCCGGAUACGUGAAGCACGAGUUCCAAGACACCCUCAUCAUGUCCACAUAUCUCAUCGCGUACCUGGUCUCCAACUUCGUUGCCAUCGAGAACAACGUGAACCCUCUCUACCGCGUCCCCUUCAGGGUCUACUCCAGACCUGGUACUCAGAAUACUGCUGAGUUCGCCCUGACCUUUGGACAGCAGAACAUGGCGGCUUUGGAGAGAUACACUGAGUUCAACUAUGAGUUCCCGAAGAUGGAUAAGGUGGCCGUACCUGAUUUCGCUGCUGGUGCUAUGGAGAAUUGGGGUCUGGUUAUCUACAGAGAAGUAGCACUUCUAGUAACAGACGGAGUGACAACAACAGCAGUCAGACAGAAUGUAGGCAGGAUCAUUUGCCACGAGAACGUUCACCAGUGGUUCGGUAACGAAGUGGGGCCCCUGUCCUGGACAUACACGUGGCUCAACGAAGGUUUUGCUAACUUCUUCGAGAAUUUUGCUACUGAUUUGGUGAGACCAGAAUGGCGUAUGAUGGACCAGUUUGUGCUGGCUCUGCAGAACGUGUUCCAAUCUGAUGCUGUUGCCAGCGUCAACCCCAUGACGCAUGAGGUGUACACGCCUUCCCAGAUCCUCGGGACUUUCAACGCUGUUGCUUAUCAGAAAUCUGGUUCCGUGAUUCGCAUGAUGCAACACUUCCUCACUCCUGAAGUAUUCAGACAAGGUCUUGUCAUCUACAUACGCAACAACACCCGUGACGCAGCCUCACCUUUGAACCUCUACGCUGCUCUCCAGCAGGCUCUAGACCAGUCUUCCCAUAGCAUUGGCUUCCCAGUCAACACCAUCAUGCAGCGCUGGGUCAACCAGGGUGGCUUCCCAGUCCUGACGGUCACUAGGAGCGCACCCACUGCCCAGUCUAUUGUUGUUGAACAGGAACGUUUCCUGACAGACAGAAGCCAGAGGCUCACAGACCGUUGGCACGUGCCUAUCAACUGGGUCCUAUCUACCAACCCUGACUUCAGUGACACCAGUCCCCAAGAUUGGGUUCCUCCUACCUUCCCCGCGAGGUCUUUUGAUAUUCCUGGACUGUCGAACGCUGAGUGGUUCAUCAUUAAUAAGCAGCAGACAGGUUACUACAGAGUAAACUACGAGCCAUCGAACUGGGCGGCAUUAGCCAGAGUCCUCAACAGUUCCCACGAGACAAUCCACGUGUUGAACCGUGCUCAGAUCUUAGACGACUCCUUCAAUCUAGCCAGGAAUGGUCGCUUGAACUACGAGUACCCCUUCACCAUCUCUAGCUACCUGGUGAAGGAGAGUGACUACAUACCGUGGGGAGCUGCCAACCCUGCCUUUACUUACCUCGACACCGUGCUCAGUUCUUCUCCUGCUUACGGCCUCUUCCAGAGAUAUCUCCUGGACCUAUCAGCUCCUCUUUACCAACAACUUGGCUUCGAGGCAUCACAAGACGAAGAAUUCGUGACUCCUUACCACAGGAAUAUUAUUUUGGAUCUGAACUGCCGUCAUGGCAAUCCUGCUUGCAUUAGCACUGCCCAGACGCUGCUUGAAAGAUUCAGAACUGACGAAAGCCAGCCCUUGAAUGCUGACAUCCAAACCCUGGUCUUCUGCUCCGGUCUUCGCGGAGGCAGUGUGGAGAACUUCAACUUCCUAUGGGACAGAUACUUGGCAACCUCUGACUCCAGUGAACAGUCUAUCUUGCUGAACGCUCUUGGGUGCACUUCUAAUGAAGAAAGACGUGCUUUCUACAUGAACCAGGUGAUCAGUGACGACUCUGCAGUGAGGGAUCAAGAUAGACACACCAUCUUGGUGUCAGUCAUCAAUGCCAGCCCCAACAGUACUCAGGCAGCUUUCGAGUUCAUUAUUGAGAACUUCGCUGCCAUCCAGCCUAGAGUACAAGGCUUGACUGGAACCACCAACAUCUUGAACGCUCUCUCCAGAAGACUGACGAGCCAGGCUGAUUAUGAUCAGGUCCUGGCAUUCGAACAACGUUACCAGAACAUCUUCACAGCCGGUGAGCUGGCUUCCAUUGCCGGUAUCAAGGAGAAUAUUGCCGCCUCCAUAACUUGGAGCACCCAAAACGCACCUAUCGUUGAAGCUUGGCUUAGGACGAACUAUGGUGAAAGUGGCGCAUCCGCGCUCGUUUCUGGUUUCCUAGUACUUAUUUCUAUCGUUGUGACGAUAUACAAUCAUUAAAUUAUCUUUUAUAUUAAUUUUAUCUUUUUUUUUGUUAAGUUUUAAUUUUUCUUGAUAUUUUGACAUUAUUCACUUGACGCACAAGAGUUAAAUAUUAACUUAUCGAUGUUUAAAGUAUAAAAAAAUUUAGUAUUGUAAAAACUGUAAUGAAGGAAUUAAAGAAGAUUUUUCAUUAAUAUGAAAAUCGAUAUACAUAAAUAAUAGCCAAGAGCUGAAACCUAGGGUGAAUAAAACAUGAGUGUAAUAUAGACAACCAAAUACAUAUUUAUGUAAGAUAUUUUUAUACGAACUUAUAUUUUGUCACUUUUGUAAAACUGAAGGACAAGUUAUUGAAAUAAAAUAAAAAUAAACUUGUA